AUGGUGAUACGUCUUAGAGGGUCGCGUAAUCUCCGGCAGCGUCUGGUGUACGCGACAUUAUCAGGGCGCGCUAUUAGAAUAGACGACAUCCGCGCAGAGGCAGAGAGCCCCGGUUUAACGGAGUACGAGGCGUCGCUGCUGAGACUGCUCGAAAAGAUCUCUAACGGCUGCGUCGUGGAAAUCAACGAAACAGGAACAAAAUUGAGGUACCGCCCCGGCGUGCUAUCCGGCGGGCGGAACCUGACGCACGACUGCGGCACGUCGCGCGCCAUAGGAUACUUCCUGCAACCCCUCUUCGUGCUGGGGUUAUUCGGGAAAAAACCCCUCCACAUCACACUAAAAGGAGUGACGAACGACGACCGCGAUCCGAGCAUAGACACGCUGCGCACCGCCACGCUGCCCAUCCUGAAGCGGUUCGGCGUGGACAUGGCUGACGUGGAGCUCAAGCUAAUACGCCGCGGCGCGCCGCCCCUGGGUGGUGGAGAGGUGAUGCUGCGCCUGCCCAUCGUGAAGCAGCUGGAGCCAGUGGUAUGGGAGGAUGAGGGGUUGGUGAAGCGCGUGAGGGGGGUGGCGUUCACAGCGAGGGUGGCGCCACAGGUGGCGAAUCGCAUGGUGGACGCGGCCAGAGGGGUGCUCAACCGCCUGCUGCCUGACGUCUUCAUCUUCACUGACCACUUCUCUGGGGCAGACUCGGGCAGGUCGCCCGGGUUUGGCAUUUCCCUGGUCGCCGAGACCACGUCGGGGUGCCUGCUGAGUGCCGAGAGGGCCAUCUCCAGUUGCCGGGGGGAGCAUGACGGGAUGGGGGGAGGCGCGGGGAGAGGGGGGAGAGGAGGGGGAGGAGGGGGGCAGGGGGAAGAGGUGCCGGAGGAUUUAGGGCUGCAAGCGGCACAGCUGCUGCUGCAUGAAGUGAAGCAGGGAGGCGUGGUGGACGGCAGUCAACAGGCAUUUGUCUUGCUGCUGUGUGCGCUGUGUCCUGAGGAGUUGUGUCGGGUGCGGGUGGGGCCACUCACGCCACACACAGUGGAUGCACUGCGGGACAUGCGCGCCCUGCUGGGCGUGCAGUUUGACAUCCGCCCUGAUGAGAGCACCGGCACGGUUUUCCUCUCUUGUAUUGGCUCUGGCCACAGGAACCUUGCGAAACCCGUCACUUAG